AUGGAUGAAGCUGAUUUCUGUAGCGUGUGGGAAGCACAGAACAAGGCCCAGCUCCUGGCAGAAGCUUUACGCUCCACAGCCUUCGAUGUGGAUUUUGACAAGCAAGCAAACCUGUUGGCCAUGCACCAGCUGAAACGUCUGAGUCUUCUGGACCAGGCCAACAUGAAAUUCGAAGAGACAGACCUCCUAAUCGACCACCGCUCUCUGCGGAGUUCCCAGCCUGGAUACAUCAUGUCUGGCAGCGGCUUCUCGAAGAAGGAGUUCCUGAAACAGAUGAAGAAGGUGAUCUUUGUGGUUCCUGAACCUCCUGUCACUGUUCAACGCGAUACGGUAGGAACUAUCUUGGUCAUUCAACAUCCAGACGAGACUCGUGCAGCUUGUUUGACCACAGCAUGGAUUCCUGAUGUACCAACAUUCCAAACGAUCCAGAUUGCCCAUUCCUUUCCGACAACGAUUGAUCGGCUCGGCUCCGAUCAACUCUUCUCCACGGAGGUGUACUCGAACUCUGCAACGACAGGAGUGAUCGAGGAUACGGAGUUUGUCGAGUAUGUGUGGGUCGCAUUGAAUAUCCACUUCAUCGCCCAUUACGCAUACAUGACGGAGGAUGAGGAUGCCUUGAACCUGAUGGCCCGAUCGCACACAGCCAGUUUCAACACAGGAGGCCGUGGCACUGAAGCCCCAGGUGAUGACAUUCUCACCUCUGAUAGCGGAACUGGGAAGUUGACCUUGAAGUUCCUUGGCAUGAUGGGCGUGAACUCUACCAUCAAGUUGCGCGCCAUCUUCGCAUUGAUCCCUCUCAAGUUGAUUGGACAGACGAUCUUGCCAGCAACGGACCAGACGAUAGCACAUGGACCAGACGAUCUUGCCAGCAACGAUCAAGUUGGACUUCUCUUACGUCAAAGGCAUGAUUUACCUGCGGCUGCAAUCCUACGGCUCACCUUGGUGGAUGUCGAGUACAAGCAAGACCGCUUUGGUCCGGCAAGCCUCAUUGACCGACGUGCCAGAUGGAUUCCACACAGAAUCACAAGAAGUUCACUCAUUCGACUUCUUGGAUACGAAGGUCACUGCAGUGAAGAUCCACCACGAUGUUGGCUUUGGAUCGACAACACGCGUGUGCCAUCUGAACUUCCUCAUGAAGAACAACUGCGAAUCACGCAUGGUGAUUAUAUUCGAUUGGCAGUACCGGCAUUCCCAGACAGACCUCUAUGUGACACAGGUGAAAACCCUUUGCCACCUGAUCUGAAUGCCACACAUGACCUCAUGCUAGCCACUAUCGAUGAUGCCCAGAUGGAUGCCAAUGCACAAGAGGUAUUCGAUGGUGUAGUUGAAUUUGGCAUCGUCACCCUGGGCGCUGAACCAGAAGAUGACAUGGGGCUCUUGCAAUUGGAUGUUAAUACUCACCACUUGGGUCCACAGCAUGAACAAGGGCCCCCCAGCUUUCACAGAUGCUCUGUCUCAAAUCUUGGAACAGAUAAUCUUGGCCCAGAAAGACCACGUUUUGAUGGACAUCUCCAUGAUCGCUGGGCACCUCUACGUGAAAUCUGGAAUCAACCGACACUACAUUUGAGGGGGCUACAAAAUGAGCCGGUGAUGCAUUUCGAGACAUGGUUCCUCAGCGGCCGAGGCUUUGCCCGCUGUUCCACGUCCAGACGUGUGGCUUUGGGAAAUGAUUUCCAUCGUUGGAUCGCCCACUUGUGCAGCAAGUGGAGAGACAGAGUUAACCCGAGAAGCCCAGCAGAGCUGAUCAUUGCUCAACCCUCUACGAUUGGUGAGCCGGGUGGAGGACAUCUGAUUCUCACACAAGAUGUUGCCACAGAGGAAAGAGCCACAUUGAUCAGCGUUUAUUGGACUUCUCAUCACCGACUACAAGACAGAUCAGCCGAACUUGUUAGCAGAAGAUUCUCGAGAGAUGGUGUUCUGCAACAAUCCGAGCUGCAUCUGUUGUGUCGCCUCGGCAGACUCCGGUGUCGAGUAGCAGUCGGAUUUCAUACCAUGGAAGCGGAUGAAGUCUGGCCCAUCCUACCUGGUACCCACUUUGACAUCUUCACUGACACUCCAUUCCAACAGGAGAUGUUUGAUAUCAACGAGGACCAGGUCAAUUUCAUGCAGAACGCCAUCAGCGUAAGCACAACCACGACGACCUCGCCAAGACCAAAUGCAGAUCAAGGGUGUGCCCCUUUUCAUUUCAAUGUCAACGCGCCAGUAUGGUCACCCAUCAUCCCUGCAAUUACGACCAUGCAUGAGACUAUACAGGACCUUUAUGCUCUUUGGCGUGACCGUACGUUUUCGUGGGAAGGUGAAGAGCGCACUGGGAUUGUGAUCACAUGGUAUGUGGACCAACAAGAUCCUGAACGAAGAAUUUGCAAUCGUCCACGCUCAGUUCGUCUCACGGAGGCCUACUACACGUGGGAACAGCAAAUUCAACAGGCAUGGCAAGACACCCUUAUUGCCCAUGAACCUUGCCAUUUUGCAAUUGUCAGUCCAGCACCUCCGCAUAUGGAAGCUGAAGUUGUGGCCCACAUCAUUCUCGUGCAACGACCUGCUGACACACUCUGCACUAGUCUCCUGGCGAUCUAUGACCAUACCAUUCCGCAAGUUGGUACCACUCAGCAGAUCGCGAUGACUACGCAUGAACACAUCUCCCUGGAGCAGCUGAUCCACAGCCUUGGACGCACCAGCCAAUGUUUGAUGGCAGGUGCGACUGAUCAAUGCCAGGCUUGGUACGGUUCAAUACGAUUAACACUCGGCACUCCUUUGCAGGGAAGAGAUGGAUAUGGCCUUGUUUUGCUUUUUAGCAUGAGACCUCCUGUGGCAGCGGGCAUGGCCAUGCUUCAGAUUCAAGCAAGCCGAAAACGAGCAGUUGACGAGCGCCUAACACAUGGGCAGGUGGCUCAUACCCAUGGGCCGCAACUGACUCACACAAUUUAUCUUGAGGAGCUCAUAGAGCGACCAGAACCAGCCCUGCAUUUUGUGCCAUACAAGAUCAUCUGGGAAACAUCCUCUCCUGAGCGACCCAAGGAGCUUUUUCUUACUGAUGGGGCCAUGGAACACGAUGUUGAACAAGCUCUUGCGGACCUACAUCUCCCUACGCACGCCUAUCAAAUGGGCUGCACUGGGAAGUUCUUCUGCGUUCCAAUUAAUUGGAAUCCGCCCGAUGACCAAUUUCACUACAUAUAUGUGAAUCCGCAAGACACAGACACGGAGUCAGCUUUCCUCCACACGGAGAAGCGCCCAUUGCAAGAGCUGGACCACAUGCAGUUGCUCCACCGCAUCGGCUACACGAGAGCAGUCAUACUCGACGUACAACGUCUCAGAUCUAACUUGACUCGCAUUCUCUACCACAACAAUAGCCCAACUCUGGAGAACAUGGCCAACCAGCAUAAGAUCAAGCGUGCCAAUUCUUGGCCACCUGCACAGGCCAUUACGACUGUGGGCCCCAUGAUUGAUCUCCAACAACUUCAAUGUCGGACGCCGUCUAUGGUCUUAGAGAUCGACAUUGAAAUGAUUCAGGACUUCUUCCACUCGGCAACUGACCUUCUAUGUCCAUGGUUCUCUCACCUUGAGCUUCCGGAAACUACACGCACUGCUCUCGCUAGCAUGCCAACAGAUCCGGAUUGGGAGAAACUGGACCGGCUUAUUGUCUAUACUGAUGGCAGUUCCCAAGGACAACUCUGCAGGCGACCCCCAUUAUGGGCGGAAGAACAUGCCACCACUGAUGCAUGGGCCUUUCUUGUCCUCGGAGAACGAUAUGCACGUUCAGAUGAAGAAGGAGUCCUUUAUUUCAUCGGCUGGCAAGCCCACAACGUCGUUUACCGUGCAGACACAACACACCAUUUGGGUACGUCUCAUUUGGGAUCAGAGCAUGCAGAGCGAGAGGGUAUGUUCUGGGCAGGACUUUGGCGUUUAGCUUGCAAUAGCACCCUGCCAACCACCUUCAGGCCUGACUCCCUUUCCACCGCCCAAAAGGCAAUGGGACAAUCUGGCACCAAUCAUACCACUGCUGCUUAUGUUGCUUUGCGUUCCACCUUUCAAGCCUUGCAAUCUGGACUGAGAGAUGGCUUGCAAGUUGACCCGGUUCGAAGUCACAUGAACGAACCGUGGAACGACAUGGUGGACUUCCUCGCAAAGCAUCAAGCAAAACAUGACCAGAAACUUGCUCGACAAGAUGUUGAUCUACGCAAGCUUCAGUCCUUUCUGCCGUAUUUUUGGAUGCUUCUUGACAAGCGGUCAGGACUACCUGAAUUGUGUGUUGAAGGUUUUGAAGUCUCUCCGCCGGACUUGCCCCCUUCAUGCAGACCUUCUAUUGCACAACAGCAUGAUCCAAUCACAGGCCUUGGACGAUUUCAUGUCAGUCUCCUGACUGUGAAUGUUAUGUCACUUUACAAGGGACCCGAUGGAGUGAGUGGCAAACUUCACAAUCUGCGCCGCCAAGUGAUGGACCUCAAGUUCAAUUUUGUGGGGAUCCAAGAAGCAAGAAGCGAAGCUGGCAAAACGUGCGUCGACAAUCUCAUCAGAUUUGCAAGUGGAGCAGACAAUGGGCAGCUUGGUGUUGAGCUUUGGAUCAACCUGAACCAGCCCUUCAUUCGCACUACUGAUGCUCCUCCACAAGUGAUCCAUUUUGACACAGACAACUUCCAAGUCGUGCACGCAGAUCCAAGAAGACUUUUGGCAAGAGUCUCCCAUCCAAGCUGGAAGUGCCUUCUUUUUGUUGGCCAUGGACCACAUACUGGACGUCCUGACGAUGAAAGAUUUCACUGGUGGACUGAGACCAUAGUCUUAGUCAGACGCUUCAGGAGAGGCAUGCCAGUAUUUGCAUUUCUUGAUGCCAAUGCGCGUACAGGGCCUAGUGCCCCACCACAUAUCAUGGAGUUGGAUGACGUGGACAAUGCCAACACUGCUCCUUUCCGUGAAUUUCUUUACGCACAUGAUCUUGCCUUGCCCUCCACGAGCAGCUGCCACCAGGGAGACCAGGAUAGAUCGGCACAGCCUCGCUUCGACCGGGCCAAGAUCGGCAAACCCAAAAAGCCCUACAUCUCGGAAGAGACUUGGGCCAUCAGAUCAGCCAAGCUGGAGAGAAUGUCAUGCUUGCUGACUGGCAUUUUCAGACCACUUGGUAUUGCAGCUCAAUUCGCCUUUAUGUUCGGUUCUAUCAACUUGGGAAACGCCUUCGCCAAUGUCUGCGCUCUGAAAGACCGACAUUUGGACCAAGUCCUGGACACUCUUGACGCCAAUGCUGCCACUGGUGAGAUUCUGCAUCGCCUCAAAUCAUUCAUUGGGCCAACCAACCUCAAGAAGGUGCAUGCUCGUACCUUGCCAAUGGUCCGCAAACCAGAUGGAGAAAUUUGCGAGACCCGAGAGGAGGCUAGAGAUCAAUGGAUCUCAUUUUUUGGCCAAAUGGAAGGAGGGCAGCAAAUCAGCUUGGAUGACCAAUGGACAAAAUGGAGAGAAGGGCUCAUACAAUUCCAGCAGAGACCCGAUAUGGCCAUGACCUUGCAUGAUAUUCCCUCUUUGGUGGAGCUCGAGCAGGCAUAUCGGAGAGUCUCCUUGGGCAAAGCGACGGGCCUUGAUGGAGUUCCUUCUGAAUUAUGUCAUUACUUCCCGAGGGAUAUGGCCAGACUCACAUAUGCCAUGAUGAUGAAAGCCUGCAUCCACGGCCAAGAAGCAGUGACCCACAAAGGUGGGCGAUUGGUCCAUGUUUACAAAAACAAAGGAGAUCCUCGUGACUGCUCCUCCCAUAGAUCAUUACUGAUCUCAAGCCACGUUGGGAAGACACUGCAUCGGGCUUUGCGACAGCAUCAUUAUCAACUUUAUGCCAACUAUCAACAAGGACAACAAGUUGGCGGCAGACAAAAGAUGCCAGUCGGGGGAGCUCUACACAUGUCACGGGCGUACCUUCGCUUACAACGUGAGUCGAGGAGACCUUCAGCAAUGAUAUUCCUUGACCUCACCGAAGCGUUUUAUCGCGUCAUUCGACCACUGGCGGUUGGUGGACGCCUUAGCGAUCAAUGUAUUGAACACAUGAUUGCACGGCUUGGCCUACAGCCUUCCGACCUGGAUGAGCUCUACACUCAUCUGCGCAGUCCAUCUGCGCUGGAGCUUGCAGGCGCCCCUGCACAUGUGCAGAAUCUCUUGAAGGCCAUCCACCACGAUACGUGGUUUGUCGUUGAUGACCAAGAAGAUGUGGUACACACGGAGCUUGGCUCCAGGCCCGGCGACGGGUUCGCCGACGUCGUUUUCGGCUUUCUAUGGAGUAAGCUCCUACGUCAACUGGAGAAGGAGCUCGCGGCCUUGGGCAUUUUGGAUCACUUUCCUCAAGAACAUGGCCCACUUUGGCACCACCGAGGACCGGAUCAGCUUGAUCAGAACACAGGUCCUCAACAGGCCUUCUUAGGCCCGACCUGGAUGGAUGACCUUUGCGUGUGCCUAUCCGCAGGAGACAAUGAAGCCCUGACCCAAAGAAUGGGCGUCGUUGCGGGCAUGCUCAUCGAUCUCUGUAGAAGUCACCGCAUGGAACCCAACCUCCUCAAGGGCAAGACAGAAAUCAUGCCCAGUUUUUGUGGAAGUGGAUCUCGAGCAUAUCGGCGCCGAUUCCUCAGCCAGUCAACAGGGGCAACCUUUCCUGUCAUGUGUGAAACUGGUCUUCAUAUGCUUUCUUUCGUGAGCCGCUAUACCCAUUUAGGCGGUGUUAUUCACCACAGAGACGUCACAAAAAGUGAGAUCGCCAGGCGUCUGAGCAUCGCACAUGGCGCCCUCACACAGCACAAACGAUUGUUGUACAAAAAUCCUCAUUUGACUUGGUGGAAGCGCAUCGAGCUGUUCCAGACCCUCGUAUUGAGCAAACUCGCUUAUGGCUUGGAGACAUGGACAUUCUCUUGUUAUCGCAGCCGGGGCCAGUUUCAUGCGGGUGUUAUGCGGCUUUAUCGUCGACUAUUUGAUGGAGCACACAAUGCCCACCGCAGCGAUGAGGAUAUUUUACAGGCCACAGGCCUGCCACAACCUGCGGAACUCCUUCGACGAGCCAGGUUGAGAUACUUGGGCACAUUGUAUCAGGCAGGCGCCAGUAUUUGCUGGGGACUCAUCAAUCAAGAUGCCAGCUGGCUUGCCUUGUUGCGCACUGACCUCGAAUGGCUGUGGGCCCAACUGGAGAACAGCACAUCCUUGGGACAUGGUGGAGAACACUUUGCUGCUUGGGAGGAGAUCAUCUUACACUAUCCAGGAUAUUGGAAGAAACUCAUCAAUCGAGGAAUUCGCCAUGCUUCUCAACAGCGUAAGAAGGAGCACAUCGUGGCCAAUUUUCAUCGGAGAAUUUUCCUUUACCUUGAGAAUAUUGGUGCAGUGGACUCCACUCUUCUGCAACAGGUCCCCUCAGUUGCACUGGGGCAUUUUGGCUGCAUGCAGUGCGAACAGAGAUUCCUGAGUCGAGCAGGUGAAGGUGCGCAUCUUUUCAAACGACAUGGCAUUUGCGCAGAAGCACGCAGUUUGUUUGAUGGUACGAGCUGUCCAUGCUGUCUGCGCAAUUACCACUCGUACUCUCGUGUACUGGCACAUCUUCGUCAUGCACAUGCAUGCCGUCGUACGCUAGUUGCACGCGGAACCAGAUGCGCACCGGCGGCAGGCCAGGGCUCCAAGACUGAUGACCAGCUUCUUGCAGCCAAUGAUGGGGCCCUUCCCUUUUUGCAAGCAGCACAGGGACCACACCAGCCUACAGGCGCUCUGCAAGAUUUCCUCGACUUUGACCUCGAAAUCUAUGAAGCCUGCUAUGAAGCCAUUCUCAACAGUGACACCAUCGCAGUUGCCAAGGAGGCCAUCUGCGAGGUAGUGACUUCGCGACCAAUCUCGUGGACAAGAUGCAGACGUACCUUGGAGCAACUCCGUGGAGAUCUCACUGAGGAGCACUUGGGCGACGUUGCCCUCUCCCUCACUGAGUUACAACAGACACUUCAGGAGCUUGCGGAACCCUAUACAUGGACCUUCCUUACUGAUGCCAAGGAGACCUCCCCUGGCAAGAAGGGAGACAACGUACAAUUUUGGGAAGCACGCACACAGCAUCUGGUGGAAGAAGGUUUGAAGCUGACUGGCAACAUGGGGCCGCAUCGGCCUGUUGGACGACACCGGAUUUUACUCCAUGCAUUUUCCGGUCGACGUCGACGUGGAGAUGUGGAAUGGUACCUGAACAUUUUGGCGGCGAAGCACGCUGGAUGUACAGUCCAUGUUGCAUCCCUGGACAUCAUCAUCGACCCCGUUUAUGGAGAUGUUGGUCGUGAUGGUACACGUUCCACAUGGCUGCACGCUAUCACGCAGGGCUGGGUUAUUGCUUUUUUGGGAGGCCCACCAUGCAACACCUGGAGUCGUGCUCGACAUGUCCAAGUUAAAGGAGGGCCCCGUGUUGUUCGACAUGUGGACGAGCCAUGGGGACUGCCGUCUCUCCGACUGAGAGAGAUGGAACAGAUCAUCAUGGGCAACCUUUUACUUGGCUUUGCCUUGGAGUGUAUGACCCUCCUCGCCAUCUAUGCAGGCAUGGGCGUUCUUGAGCACCCGAAGGACCCGGAGAUUGACUUCAUGGUCUCCAUCUGGCGACUCCCGAUUGUGCAGCUGAUCCUUUUGCUGCCCAACACACGGAUGGUCACCAUGGCCCAAGGGCUCCUGGGAGCGCCAAGUCCUAAACCGACUUCCUUGCUGGUUGUGGGACUACCUGGACUUGAAGAUGACCUUCGUGGCCACCGACUCACACCAGAUCUACCUCAUGGCCAAUCAGUGGGUCGUGGAGCUGAUGGCGGCUUCCUGACAGCUCCUCUCAAGGAGUAUCCUCCUGCUAUGUGCAAAGCACUAGCUCAGGCGUUUUUUCGUGGUAUGUGCGAACCUUGUGAUGAGGCGCCAUCCACGACGCCGAAUGAAUUCCUGCGGCUGGUGAGACGCAUGCAGGACUCUGAAUUUGGCCAAUUUAUCGGCCACGACGGCUAG